GUGUCAAAACUAUCUACUCUGUAUUUAUGUUAUGUACGUGUAAAUAUUUUCUCACAAAUCUCUCUUCUAUAUAUUCGUAAAUCUCCUCUCAUCCUCUGCACCAAACUCCCUUCCUCUGCUUUUACCAUCUCGCAAUGGAGGAAAUGGCUUCUUACUGGACUUAUCAAGAGUGUAUUGAUGAAUUGAAGCAAAAGCUGAUCUAUACAACUUUUGAGCUUGAAGCACUAAAGAAAAAGAACGAGGACUAUGUGAAGCAGUUGAUGCAACUCCUGAACAUGACCUUACAGGAAAGAGACGAAGCUAGGGAUCAACUUAAUAAGCUACUAAACAAGCUUAUGAUUCCUUCAGCAAUGCCAAGUACUGAAAUCUUGCCGGCCAUACCUCAAAUUGCAGGCCACAAUCCCCGAGUGAAGGCCACAAGAGCUAACUCAAGCCUAAUUGAAUCGCGCAAUUUCUCUGAUCAAACAUGCAGUUACCAUUCACAGAAUUCUUCUCCAGCUGAGUCGUUUUUUGAUGCCGCGACUUCUCCUGAUCUGUCGAAGAUUAACAGCCACUACAUUGGUGAUUUGAGUAGUAACAUGGCGUUCAUGAAUCAGCACCAGUUUGUUCAAGACUAUAGUGUUCCUACUGGAGUUGUAAAAAUUGAUCAGGCUUCUUUGGUUAUUAACAAUCUUGUGAAAGACAAGGCAUUGCCUCAUAAGGGCAAUCUGUUGCAGUCUGUACUAAAAGCAGGGCCGCUUCUUCAGACACUUCUUGUAGCUGGACCACUUCCUAAGUGGCAGAAUCCGCCUCCUCUUCAGUCCGUUCAUAUUCCUCCGCCCCCCAUUAAAGGUUUUGAUCCUAGAAAUGUUGGCGUGGAGGCAUGUGAAAGCUCUGGUCAUGACCCUCUACUAAUGAACUUGAAGUCAUAUUCUGAGAUAUCUUGUGGCACUUCUCAGAUGAUUUCUACGUCUGUGAUGAGCUUUCGCGCUGGGGUUCCAAACGCGUGUGCUGGAAAUGGAAAGUUUAUGACAUCUGCAGGAAAAGAUGAACAUUUCGUAGCUGGCAAGAGACAGAGGUUUCACUAAGAUGAAAAUUUCAUGUGCUUUGGGCUUUGAAUGGCUUUUAGAUGUUUAGUUUCAGUUCUUAUAGCUUUGACAUUUCUGUUCUGGCAUU